UGAAAACGACACGGGAACGUGCACGUCUUUGUGACUUCUUUGUCGCGGUGGUGAAUUUCUGUGGCUCGUUAGGGGCUUUUAAUUCAUUUGGAGCUUUGUGAACGACGGCCGGAAAUACCCUACGGAGUUAUGAGUCUUCUGUGGCAACGUCGGUAGAAUUCAAUGCUGCCAUCACCGAUGCGUGUUUGACGAACUACUUGGAGCCAUGUUGACAUCACGUAGUUGACUAGGUCUUCAUACUGGGGUGGCUGACCCAUGAUCCUUCCCCAGGAGAGUAUUUGUUUAGGUCACUACGAAAGCUCGAGUUGACCUCCUUACCAGAGGGUCCCCCAGAGAAGUUCGGUCGCGCUGACCAUUUCGAGCCCAAGAAGCUACACAACACGACCUCGCUUUAGCCUUUCUGGUCACUGAAAGGAUUUCUGGACGCCAUGCUUAGCGUGUGAUUCAUAGUUCACGGAACUCACGUAUACACAUUUUGAUAUCAUGACGCGGUGUUGCGGUAAGAAUUUGGCGUCACGUGAGAGUUUGGCAACGUAGGAGGAGGACAAGAUGGUCGGCCAGAUCGGAGGCGGAUCUGGGACAAGAGCGCGUUUGCUCUGAAGGACAAUAAGGAUGGCGGCAGAAAUUAUCAUAAGCUGUGUGCAGGUGGUGCUGACAGUGACAUGGGGCCAUCUCUGAAUAGAAAGCGCCCCUGCAGGACCACCUGACGAGAAUGCGCGGCGGGUAUGGCGGUCAGGGGGGGCGCAGGACCCCCGCCAAGGACCGAGGCAAAGCCCGCCGCGCCUCCGACGCCUCCGACAAUGCCAGUGGAGAGCAGCGAGGGGAGGCCGCCGAGGACGAGCAGCCAUCUCCGCGGGAGACCAUCAUGCUCGAGUCGUCCUUCCCGCCCCAAGGGGACUUCCCCGAGGACGAGGACGAGGACGAGGACGAGGAUGACGAUGACGCCCUGGAGGUGGUGGUGGAGACGCUCCUCGGUUACACGUACCGGGUGAGGGUGUCUCAGUGGGACACCGUGGCGGGGCUGAAGGCGCUCCUCUACCGGACACAGGGUAUCCCCGCCAGUCACCAGCAUUUGCUUCUGGGCCAAACGGAACUGCUGGACGACGUGUGCCUUAUGGAGCAGGGCGUCGUGGACGGCUCAACACUCCGCCUAGUCCUCGCCAUGCGCGGGGGCCCCAUCAAUGCCCGGCGCCUGCCCACCACGCAGGACGACAUGUUCUGGAGGGAGGUCACGGGAUUCGUCGAUGAAAACAAAGAGGACCUUUGGGAUGGUGUUGGUGGUCGGACAGUGACCUUACUGGUACUGAGAGACGGAGAGAAUGUGAACCUUUAUCGUGUUAUUGAAAAUGAAGACGGAUCGUUCUCUCCCUUAAAUGAGUCAUGGGGGUCAACGGGCAGCAGCAGUCAUACGGAAGAGGAUGCCUUGCGCAAGGCUCAAGCAGCAGACGAGGAAGCAAUGACCCGAGCUCGGAUGGCAGAACUAAGGGCCAGAAUGGAUGCUCUCAAACUGAAGAACAGACAGGCCAAGAAGGAGAAGAAUGCAAAACCAGUAACAUCUGACAGAAAAGAGAAACAAGACACAAAAUCAGUUGCUGUUCAGGCAGAAUCAGCGGCAAAGAAUCACCUAAACCUCGCAGAUUCACAGGAACAUCGUGCAGGAGGAUCAAGGCCUAAUACUCGUCAGCGUAGUGGCAGUGGAGGAAAACGGCUCAAAACUGUAAAUCGCUGGGGGGGACGUGGUUCUCGGCCAACCACUCAGGAAAGAAAUGCAGAGCUCCGUCGUAACAGCAUUACACGGACAUCUACUCGUCUCAAGGAAAUCCCCACAGCACACCCACCCAUCCCUGUGGAUUGGACAGGCCGGAAGCCCUUAGAUGACAUUCGCCCAGCUGAUCGCAAACGGCUGCCUGCAGUCAACGAAGAGAGAGGGAAGGGAAGUGGACAAAAGCCUAUAGUGCCUUCUCAGAUAAUAGGUGCCCAGACUCAAAAAAGUGCUUAUGCUUCUUACCGAAAAUCAUUAGUGCGCCAUGGACUUGUUACGAAUAGUGGAAAAGAAAUAGUUCAGGAUGAUAAAGACUCCCGUGAAGCAUGGCCAAGGAGGGAAGGUCCAGUGCCCCUCUAUAUGCCCCCACAGACUGCUCAAAAAAGUAAACGACAUGAAGCAGACCCCCUUUACCGUUCUCACAAUCAGGAUUUACUGCGCACUACUCAGAGAACACCUAAUAUCCGUCCAAAAACAUCUCCUGAAGUUCUGGAGCGCAGGCCAGCAUCAAUGGGAGGGGAAAGUACAAUUAGUGAUCGUAUACAAAUUCGUGCUCCUGAUGACCGUCUUCGUGAACUAGUUUCAAUACUUAAUACAUCAAGAGCAAACUCUCGCCAUUCAAAUCAUUCUAUGAUGACUCCUCCUGGAACAGCCAAUAAUGCCAGCUUGUCAAAUAGUAUGACAGCUAGCAAUGGCCUCUCAAAUAUGAAUCGAAAUAAAUCUGUGUCAGUGUCAUUAGCAUCUUUAAGAAAUAACACGCCUCCUUCUCCUGGAAAUGGUGCCCUUGUUGCUUCUGGAAGUCGAGAGCAAAGAGAUAUAUUGAGAGGAAUAAUGAACAGUAAAGGACUGGGAUCAAGGAAGACUACACCAGAUGAAGGUCGAAGGCGUCUGGGGAGUGGUCGCCAUCAAUUAUCUCCAACUCACCUUCCAUCAGUGACACCUCAGAAAAGAAAAGGUCGGCGGAAACCUCGGUGUGAUCAGUGCUCACGGCGUUUGCGUAUUGCGACAACUUUUGAGUGUCGGUGUAACCGUGUCUUUUGCUCCCAGCAUCGUCAUGCAGAAGAACAUGCAUGUACUUUUGACUAUAGAGCUGAAGGACGGAGGUUACUAGAAAUGGCUAAUCCAGUGGUUGCUCCUCAUAGACUUCCUAAAAUAUAAGGGUGAAUCAGAGGUACAAUCUAUUGUGAACAGUGAAGGAACUGCUAUUGUGGUAAUUGUGCUGAUAUUUGAUAACAUUUUUAUUCAGUCUCCAAGUAAAAUAUUAAUUCAGGGAUCAGUGAUAUCAGCAAAAAAAACAAUAAGUUUAUGCUAUGCUUCAAGGUAAUGCACAGGGUGGAAUUAAUGUGCACUUAAAAUCAAAAUACAUGUUAACAGUAUAUUCUGAAUUUAGAUACAUUACAAUUAUAUUUUGCAUACAAGUCAUAGACAGUUCAAGUACCCAGUAUUUCAUGACUGGCCUGUACAGGUAAUAUUUUUAGUCCCUGUAAUAUUUAUAAACAGAGUUUAUUAUAACAAAGGUAGAAGAGGUAUAUAUAAGUAAGAAUUAAUAACUUUGCAAUGCAAACAGUGUAACAGGCUUACUUUAGUUAUAUAUCUUCAUCAGAAUUCCAUACAGUUUUCAUGAAGAGAUAACAUCAAACCUGUCAGUUACAUCUUGUGCUUUAUGAAGUUAUACAUUCUCAUAUAAACUUUUUCUAUGUAAUAAUUGUGUUGAAGAUUUUUUAGAAAUUUUACACAUUUUAAAAAUCUGUAUGCCAUUUUGCAGAUUCUAAUUUAAAACUGAAUUUAUGCUUUAUGACACUCAGUUAUAUGCCAAGUCAAUGUGAUAAAGUUACAGAUUCUGUAAAAAAAAAAAAAAAGCUUUAGAUUUCCUAUAUUUAGUAAUGCAAACCUCUGUAGAUCAUCCACAAUGCCACAUCUAUAGAAAGAAAUACAGGAAUUUUCUUUCAAUAGGUGAUGACACCAAUUAUUUAAGGAAUGAUUUGAAAGACACCACACUGCUUUAACGAGAGCUAAAGCCAGAAAUAUGUGGGAUCAAAUGCCAUGACUUUCUUAAAGCAAAAUUUCAUACAGGCUAUGAAAUGUGACACAAUAUCACCUGUCAGUGAGAUUUCAUAGGUCUUUAGGGUAAGUUACAGAAAAGAAAAUCUGUUAAUCAUAAGUUGUAAUACUUGUAAAUGUUUAUAUAAAAUGUAUGUGAGUUUAUUGUUCUUAUUUUUUAUGAAAAGACACUAAUUAGAACACAAGUUUCUUUUAGAGUGGUGAAGUAUUACAGAAAAAAAAAUAUUUGUCUUGUUCCUAAAUAAGAAAUAAGUAUGAUAAUGUUUUGUAACAUAUUUCUUUUCAGUUAUGAUUUUGAUGCAGGAAUAUAUGUGAAAGUGAAAGCUAAAGAAUAAGAGUUUUUCUGUUCUAAGUUUUCAGUGUUGUUGCAUUUAAUUUUUCAUUGGUAUAGUUGAACUAAAAUUUACUUGAUGAAAAUGUGAACAUAUUGUGCUAAUUAUAUAUGAAAUUACAUUAUCAUUAGUAUUAUUUCAAGAUAAUGAAAUUACAGAAAAGAAAUUAGAA